GAAGAGAAGAACUCCACGAUUCCCAUCGGAAAAUUAGUCUGUGUCUGUCCGAGAAAAAAAUCAUAGAGAGAGAGAUGGCGACGGCGAUUGUGAGAUCUACUCUUCGAACGGCACUUCGAGGUGGCGCUCGCGUGAAUCCGGCAUCUACGAGAUCAUUUUCUGCUGGUGCAUCGGUUGAAGAAGAAGCUCGUGAGGCGGCGAAAUGGGAGAAAAUUACAUAUGCAGGAAUCGCUGCUUGCUCGAUUCUUGCAUUUGUCAACCUAUCCAAGGGUCAUCCUCAUUUCGAAGAACCACCUGCAUAUCCAUACAUGCACAUCCGUAACAAGGAGUUUCCAUGGGGUCCUGAUGGGCUCUUUGAAGUCAAGGAACACCAUUGAUGCCCAAAUUGAGGUUGUGAAGGGCAUUCAGAUUUCAGAAUAACAAUCUUGAUGUUUCUGUUUGAUUGGGUUUAUUGUUUUUAUCAUUCAGACUGGAUUCUCAUAGAGGUUGGUACUUGUAACUUGUAUUUGCCUCAUUUCAAUGGAUUGUUUCUUUUUCUAUACUUUGCUUCUCAGAGAUUUCUUUUAUGGCAAAUAAGAGUUCAUGAAAUGGAACUUUGGCUUUGUAAAAAUAUUAAGACUCAAGGUUUGAAGAUGUUGAACAAAAUUUUCAUAA